GUGCCAAACAGUGUAGGUACAGCUUGCUAAAGCCUCAACAAUGCAUUAAAAAACUUUUAUGAAAAAGGCUGCAACGUUGCAGGUUGCGAUAAAACAAGUUUUGUUCACGCUUUGUAUCCAAUAGGCGGGAAACUGUUUGUCCUUGCUUACUGGCCGCAAGUUAGUUGUCACUGUUCUAGUCAUCGCGGAGCAGUAAGGACGUUACCACAUUUUAAAGAUGUGGCUUCAAAGAUUUUGCAUUUAUGCUGUUUACAUAGUAGUUUUAUCAUUAUGUGUGUCUACUGCCGAAGAUCCUUCUCCGUGGAGAUGGUCGUGCGAGGACAAGCGCUGCGUGAAGACACGCAACGAUCCUCAGAAUAAAGACCCCGUACUGAGCUUGGAGGCCUGCAAAAUGUUCUGUAACGAUUACGGUCUACUAUGGCCCCAGCCAACAGGCAAGACAGACUUGGGCAACUUUUUGUCUAAGAUAAACAUCAACAACAUUGAUAUCAAGCUGAUGAAUGAGGGUAGGUCAGCAGACCUCGUGAAGGAAGCUGGAAACAGGUUCAAGAGUUUGGUGUCAAUGGCGAUACCAAGAGGCGUGUCGCCGAAGUCAACUGGAAAAGCCGUCUCUGUACUUCUGUAUAAUGAAAACCCUGAUGUCAGAGAAUUUUCAUUGGACAUGGAUGAGGGCUACGACCUCCGCGUGCAAGCGGUGUCCAGUGAUCGUCUGAAUGCCACCAUCACGGCUCACAAUUUCUUCGGCAUGAGGAACGGUCUGGAGACCCUCUCGCAGCUCAUCGUGUAUGACGACAUCAGGAAUCAUAUGCUGAUCGUGCGAGACGUGACCAUCAACGACAAGCCGACGUACCCUUACCGAGGGAUCCUCCUUGACACGGCUCGCAACUACUACAGUAUUGACUCCAUCAAGGCCACCAUUGAUGGUAUGGCCGCUGUCAAGCUGAACACUUUCCACUGGCACAUCACGGACAGCCAAAGUUUCCCAUUCGAAGUCAGCAAGAGGCCACAACUCUCCAAGUUAGGUGCUCUCACACCAGCUAAGGUGUACACAAAGGAGAUGAUCAAGGAAGUAGUAGAAUACGGUCUUGUUCGCGGUGUCCGCGUGUUGCCGGAGUUCGAUGCGCCUGCGCAUGUGGGCGAGGGAUGGCAGGACACCGGACUCACUGUCUGCUUCAAUGCGGAGCCGUGGUCACAUUACUGUGUGGAGCCCCCUUGCGGUCAGCUGAACCCAACUAAAGAAGAGCUCUACGAAUACCUGGAAGAUAUCUACCAGGAAAUGGCUGACACAUUUAACACCGACAUAUUCCACAUGGGAGGUGAUGAAGUGAGCGAGAGGUGCUGGAACACCUCUGAGGAGAUCCAGAACUUCAUGAUCCAGAACAGAUGGGACGUAGGAGACAAGUCCAGCUUCCUCAAGCUCUGGAACUACUUCCAAAAGAAGGCGCAGGACAAAGCUUAUAAGGCGUUUGGCAAGAAAUUGCCCUUAAUCCUGUGGACCAGCACUCUGACUGACUACACACACGUGGAUAAGUUCCUAGACAAAGAUGACUACAUCAUUCAGGUUUGGACAACUGGUGUCGACCCACAAAUCAAGGGUCUCCUGGAGAAGGGCUACCGACUCAUUAUGUCGAACUACGACGCCUUGUACCUUGACUGCGGCUACGGAGCCUGGGUUGGCGAAGGUAACAACUGGUGUUCUCCGUACAUCGGUUGGCAGAAGGUGUACGACAACAGUCCUGCUGCCAUUGCCAAGGAAUACAAACAUUUAGUUUUGGGCGGCGAGGCGGCGCUGUGGUCGGAGCAGUCGGACACGGCGACGCUGGCGGGCCGUCUGUGGCCGCGCGCCGCCGCGCUCGCCGAGCGCCUGUGGGCCGAGCCGGGCGGCUGGCGGGCCGCCGAGCAGAGGAUGCUGCAUGUCAGAGAGCGUUUGGUCCGCAUGGGCAUCCAAGCCGACAGCAUUCAACCCGAGUGGUGCUACCAGAACGAGGGAUACUGCAACAAUUGAGAUUAAUAUUCUAGUGAAGACCGUGGCAACAUUAUUGUACACGGCAUAAUUUUAGUGAUCACGUCAAGACGACCAACCAUGUAUUUAUUAGACGACAUGUUGGCAACACUGAGAAAAUCGUUAACGUUAUACGUUAUUUCGACAGUUUUUUUGGUGGAUCAAUUUAGGUCUCACUAAGUAUUGUUUUUUCAAGAUAAUAAUUAGUACUUCAUAAUUUAUUUGUGACAAAAAGCCUGAAAUCUAACAAAACAUGGGCCAACGUUUGCAAAAUCGCAGUAUUUUAGUAGCUGUAAUUGCUAGCAGUUCCUUUGGAGGAAAAAUACAUAAAGGUAUCCAUCACCAUAAUAUUACGUCAUUUAUUUGUCACAAAUGGCCUCAGGUCUGAGAAAACAUGGGCCAACAUUUGCCACCAUCUUGCCCAACAUCAGUUGCCUAAUAGAACACGGUUUAUCACCGUCACGACAUGACAAUGCAACUUGUUUCACUGUGAUCAACUUUACACGUAGGUUUUAUAAUGUAACAUCAUCGUUAUCUUUUAACGUGAGCAACAUGAAUUAAUUAUAUCUGUAAUGAUUAACGUUAUUUUAAGUAUUAUUGUAACUUUACAACAUUUUUGUAAUAAAAAUUCAAAAUAUAA